AUGGACGCACUGUCGCCUAUGUCUGCCACGUUCCCGUCUGAGAGAUACGGAACUCUUGCGCCGAGCGACUCGCUCUCACAAAAGGCCUCUCCGAGCACCAUCUACAGCCCCAUGAGCGCAUCGUUCCCGUACACGCCCGCCAGCGCGAUGAGCGGCGCGAGUGACGCAGAGGCACCCUCAUUAAGCAGCGCUGGAGACGCGCGCAACCCCUUCAACUUCCAACCGGUCACCUACCAGCCCAACAAGCCUGCAGGUGUCAAGAAUGAUAUUGGCCGACGUCGCGGACACAAGUACAAGCACAGCAGCGUCUCCCACCAGAUCUUUCUCGAACCUCCCCCGCGAGCCCCGCUCCAGCUCCCCGCGUCCCUUCCCGUGCCGACUUUCAAAGAAUACCGCGCGAGCAUGUCUAAGGAGCAGAGGCUCAGACUGGCAUGGUGCUUCUGCCACCUGUGUGUGGCUGGCUUGGUCGGAUGGGGCGCUCACGAAUCGCUGGCACUCACUGUCCUCUCUCGCCUGAUCUUCUACGAUGCGCUUGGAGCUUUCCUCUGUGUGGCUGUGGACAUUGGCUCCAAUUUCGAAGUUUGGAAGCGUUCCACGAUUCGGCACCCAUUCGGCUUUGAGCGCUCUGAAGUUAUUGCGGGACUCGGCAUGUCGGUGGGACUGCUGUUCAUGGGCUUGGAUCUUAUCUCGCACGGCUUGACCCACGCAUUGGAAGACAAAGGCGGCCACACCCCACACCACGCGCACACACACGAGCGCGUCUCACCCGGCAGCAUCGAUCUUGCGGCUCUGAGUGGCAUCAUAUGCACGGUCGUCUCGGCCACGUUGCUCAAGAACCACGCCCGCAUUGGCAAGGUUAUGCGGCUCGGAGCCCUCGCUAACCUGCCCUCAGUGUUGAGCAACCCAUCGCACUUUCUCACAUUGUCAUGCUCGGCUCUCCUGCUCAUUCUGCCGCUGCUGAGUAUCCAGAUGUAUGUCUGGCUGGACCGCACGCUCUCGUUUUCUGUUGCGCUCGCCAUGGUAGCACUGGGGUGGGUGCAAGGGUGGUCGCUGGGCAAGAUGCUCAUGAUGUCUUACUCUGGGCCAGGGAUUCCAGCUGUCAUGUACGACAUCGAGACGGACCCGGCCGUCAGCGCUGUGGAGGAGGCCAAGUUCUGGCAGGUGCACUAUGGACUGUGCCAGGCGAAUCUGCGGCUGCGCGUGCGCAAUCUGGAGGAGAUUGGUCGACUGCGCGACCGGGUUGCCAGCAUGGUUCGGAAUCGGCUGGGCGGGGGCUACGGAGGCGGCGGCGGGCAGAAGUGGGAGGUCUCUACGCAAAUCACGCUGGAGAAGGACUGA